UUUGCUGGAUCCCAGAGGCCCACAGAUGCUCUGGGGAGGGCUGGAUGUUCGGGCCAACGGGACAUUCUGGCUGCGGGAUGAAGAGCUGGCCUCCCUGCGCCCGGCACGGCGCUUCAUGCAGGUUUUACAGGAUGAAGUUCCCAAAACACCGACAGAGAUUGAGCAGCACCUGAGAUACUAUUCACUGGCCGAUACCCCGCUGCCUCUCACUGAGUUUGACCGUCUCCUUUUCACCAGUGUUUACUGUGCCUACCAGGUUCGCUCCGUGCAGGGGCUGGAUAAAAAUCUCUGGAUUACUUUCUUCUCUCGGCUGGUCGAUGAAAUCUUUCGUGAUCUGUGCAAGGGGCUCUGCCCUGCAAACACCACUCUCCUUCUGGCUUCCUGGCCCUGGAAGGAGAAGCCUUCACAUUUAGCAUCCCUGAAACAUUUCUAUGGUUCUAACCUGGCCAGGACCAAGAGAGACACUUAACAAGGGCAACACACCUGGCUCCAGCUGCACCCUGGGCUCUUUCAAACCCUCUCCACAUCUUCCAAGGCUUUGUACAAACACUUAUUUUUACAGGAUGUUACAGUAGUGUCCUGGCUGACUUCAGAUCAUUCAGUUCAGCCUCCUUAUAUUCCCCUUGUGGUUUCAGCCCAGUACAGUGUCAUCUUUUCAGUAACCAGCUGAGCAGACUUUGUUGUGUUUCACGUUAUAGGUCACAUUUCAUUUCAGCUUUCUGCUCACGUGGCAUCACUUUUUAUGUGUCCAUAGUAAUUUUUCUUUAAAAAGCAACCUGAAAACAUAUGUAGUCCACGAAGCUCUGCAGCAUUCCCACACCAUUAUUUACACAAGUAGCACUGCUUUGUGUGGGUUAUCAGUUUGGAACAUACUUCCUUCAAUCUCAUUUAAAUUCCUAUGGAUCGUGACCUAGUUAUUUCUUCAGUAGAUUUUACCUCUUCUAUGAAGUUUGUUUCUUGUACAGCUCUGGUGUUUCACAAGCCAAACAUAACCAAAUACACACUCUCUAUCCCCAAAAUCAGAGCUACAAUUAUCCUGUAGAAAGGGAUCAUUAACCUUUCUGUGCCUCACACACUGCAGUGUGGGAUUAAAUAAAUGUAAUUAUCUACUUGGGAGGGUUUUGAUUUUAUUUUCACUUCUGCUAGGUUUCCUGCUGCCAUUACAGCCACAUUAAUUUUGAACAUUCUUUGCAUGUGCUUAGAUGAUGGGAUCUAUAACACCCUUCCUAUCAAUAUACUCUUUAAUUUUCUGUGCUCAACAAAGGAGGCAUGUGUGACAUUCAAAUUGGGAACUGCUAGCUUUUGACCUAGUUUGUUGCCCAACAGAUGGAGAGGAGAAAUGGUGAGGCAGGAAUAUGAAGCCUGGAAGCAAGAUGCUGCAGGUAACGGUUUUAGAGGUCAGGUUGGGGCUAGGACAGGAGAAGACAGAUUGACACAGUUCAGAAGGCAGGUUGGUUGCUGCUUGGUUUUUGGUUCUUGGCUGUGGGGUGGAUUUUUUCUCCCCCCAAAAGAUGUAGGGAUUAAAAUUAGUAUUUUAUAUGAAAAAUAACUUCUAUUAAACUAGUGUCUCACCUAAUGUUCUCCUCAUCUCCAAACUCUACCCUUCAUCCUUUUCCAGUCUAUAAUGUCUAGGAUGGAG